AAAUAUCCUCCUCCCUCAGCAAAUACCUUUUGUUUCCCUAUUUCUCUCACUGCACGCACGUAAAACUACUACAGUUUUGCUGCAACGGGAUAUUAGAAAGACAUCAUGAGGAUCAAAAAGAGACAUCAGGCUGGUGCCGCUAAGAAUUUCAUUACGCGCACGCAGGCGGUGAAGAAACUUCAGCUCUCGCUCGCUGAUUUCAGACGAAUCUGUAUCUUCAAGGGAAUCUACCCCCGUGCCCCGCGAUCCGCAAAGAAGGCAAACAAAGGCUCGACCGCGCCUACCACGUUCUACUACACCAAAGACAUCCAAUACCUUCUGCAUGAGCCCGUGAUUCAGAAAUUCCGCGAGCACAAGAUCUUUGCGCGCAAGCUCUCGCGCGCCCUCGGCCGCGGCGACGUCUCGGACGCCAAGAAGCUGGACGACAAUCGGCCGCGGUACACGCUCGACCGGAUUAUCAAGGAACGGUAUCCGACCUUUCUCGAUGCCGUCCGCGAUCUCGACGACGCGCUGAGCAUGCUGUUUUUGUUUGCCGCUAUGCCGGCCACCGAUCGGGUGUCGGCAAAGAUCACGGCUGAUGCCGAGAGGCUUUGUAAUCAGUGGAUGGCCUACGUUGCUCGCGAGCGCGCGCUGAGAAAAGUGUUUGUGAGUAUCAAGGGCGUCUACUACGAGGCCGAGAUCAAGGGCCAGGAAGUGGUUUGGCUCGUGCCGUUCAAGUUCCCGCAAAACAUCCCGACGGAUAUCGAUUUCCGCAUCAUGCUCACCUUCCUCGAGUUUUACGUCACGCUGCUCCAGUUUGUGCUUUACAAGCUCUACGCUGACGCCGGGCUUGUCUAUCCGCCAAAGAUCGACGCCGCAAAGGAGGAGGGUGUUGGAGGGUUGUCGGCGUACAUCUUGGAGAGCAAGAAGGAUAAGAACUUGCUUGCGGUUCAGGACGCUGAGAGCGCGGAGGCAGACGAGUCUGCAAAGGCGGCUAUCAGCGAAUCUGAGAUGACUGCUCGCGCGCAGACCAUCUCCUCUGCGAUCUCUAAAGUCCAGGAGGCCGACGCCGACGCGGAGAACACCGCUCAGGACGAGACGACCGAGGCCGAGGAGGCCUCCGAAGCCAAGCUCGAUGAGUUCACUGCGAUUCCAUCCACCACCUCUGCCGUCUCUGACAUCCUCCCGCAGCCGGACGAGAUCAGUGCGGAAGACGCGCUCAAAUCGCUGCUCGCGCCGUUCACGAUCUACGUCGGCCGCGAGGUACCGCUCGAUAUCCUCGAGUUCGCGAUCCUCUCGCUCGGCGGCCGCGUGAUCUCCGAGUCCGCGCUGGACUCGUACGUGGACGACGAGGAUGAGGAAGUGGUCGAGCAGCGCAAGCUCGAGGUCGAGAACCUUGUCAAGAGUGUCACGCACCAGAUCUGCGACCGGCCUGUGCUGGCGAGUCGCGUGCCGGGUAGGAUAUACGUGCAGCCGCAGUGGGUCUUUGAUUCGUUGAACAAAGGGCGGUUGUUGCCGGUGGACGAGUACGCGGUGGGAGCGACGCUGCCGCCGCAUUUGUCGCCGUGGGGCGAUGCGGUUGGGUAUGAUCCUGAAAACGCCGUGGAGGACGAUGAGGAUGAUGAUGAGAGCGUUGAUGGUGAGAUGGACGUGGAUGAUGGCGACGAGGAUGAGGAAGAGGAGGAAGAGGAGUUGGUCGCUACUACUGCUGGCGACGAGGACGAGGACGAGGAAGAAGACGAAGCGCUUGCGCACCAGCGCGAACUCGAAGCCGAAGCCAAGGGCGUCACCUUCUCCUCUUCUUCUACCGCCCCCGCCGGCAAGAAACGCAAACGCGCCGCCGCAGCGGACGAGAAGCCCGCGCGAAAGUUAUCCGCGGCGGAGAAGCAGGCGAGAGAGGAGAAGGAGCUGCGGAAGAUCAUGAUGACGAAUAAGCAGAAGAAGCUGUAUAACCAGAUGCAGUACGGAAUCAACAAGAAGGAACAGAAGAAGGAUUUGCUGAAGAGUAAGAGACGGAAGGUGGAGAAGACGAAGGCGACGGCGAAUUUGAAUGAUGGCGAUCAGAAGAAGAAGGGCGGGAAGAAGGGGAAGAAAUAGAGAGAGUGCGAUAGAUAGCACGUUGUUUUGUUGUUUUGUUUGGUUUAAUAAAAGUUUUUACAUUGACGAUUGAU